UUAAUGCAUAUGUGUCCCUCUUGCCCUCAAGCUAAUGCAUUUUAAUUCGCUAUUUGGGACUGGACGUGCGUUUUUUCGGUUGGAAAAGCAGCGGACUGUUCUUGUUGAGAUAGCGUGGAUAAAUUCUAGUCAUCAGCUGGACACGGAGUUUUCAGAAAAGGGGCAAAUUAUGCCAGCAGCAGCAGGGUCGCUCUCCCUGGUGACGUGCCAGCCCUCUGGUCAGACAGCUCAGCUCCGCCCCCCACUCUCCCCUGGCAGGCUGCUCCGACCAUGAGCGCCAGCGCCACCGCCCCUGCGCCCACUCCCACUCCCGCCCCUGUCGGAUCGCUUGCCCAGAGGAAGCGGCAGCAGUAUGCCAAAAGCAAGAAGCAGGGCAGCACUGCCAACAGCAGGCCGCCGCGUGCGCUCUUCUGUCUCACCCUCAACAACCCCCUCCGCAGAGCCUGCAUCAGCCUGGUGGAGUGGAAGCCAUUUGAUAUCUUUAUAUUAAUUGCCAUUUUUGCCAACUGCAUGGCCUUAGCAGUGUACAUUCCCUUCCCUGAAGAUGACUCCAACUCCACCAACCACGACCUGGAAACGGUUGAAUAUGCCUUCCUCAUCAUUUUUACAAUUGAAACCUUUUUGAAGAUUAUAGCAUAUGGAUUAGUGAUGCACCAGAAUGCUUAUGUGAGAAACGGCUGGAACAUGCUGGAUUUUGUAAUUGUAGUCAUAGGGUUAUUUAGUGUUGUCUUGGAAGUUUUAACCAAAGACAAAGAGCCGGAUGCAGCAGGGACCCAACCGUCGGCGCACGGCCACGGGGGGAAACCGGGCGGCUUUGAUGUGAAAGCGCUCCGAGCGUUCCGUGUGUUACGGCCCCUGCGGCUGGUCUCAGGAGUGCCCAGUUUACAGGUUGUGUUGAAUUCCAUUAUAAAAGCCAUGGUCCCCCUCCUGCACAUCGCCCUCCUGGUACUGUUUGUAAUCAUCAUCUAUGCCAUCAUAGGACUGGAGCUUUUCAUCGGGAAAAUGCACGCUACAUGUUUUUUUCCUGGUACAGACAUUAUAGCGGAGGAGGAACCUGCACCAUGUGCAGUCUCAGGUCACGGGCGCCAGUGCCCCAUUAACGGUACUGUAUGCAAAGAAGGCUGGCACGGCCCCAACGGUGGCAUCACUAACUUCGACAACUUCGCCUUUGCCAUGCUGACUGUGUUCCAGUGUAUCACCAUGGAGGGCUGGACUGAUGUGCUGUAUUGGAUGAACGAUGCCAUGGGCCUUGAGCUGCCGUGGGUUUACUUUGUCAGUCUGGUCAUCUUCGGAUCCUUUUUUGUUCUAAACCUUGUUCUUGGUGUGUUGAGCGGAGAGUUCUCUAAAGAGCGAGAGAAGGCUAAGGCCCGUGGAGAUUUCCAGAAGCUGCGGGAGAAACAGCAGCUGGAGGAGGAUCUGAAAGGCUACCUGGACUGGAUCACUCAGGCCGAGGAUAUCGACCCUGAGAAUGAGGAGGAUGGGGACGGCACACGCAACCCGAGCAUGCCUGCCAGUGAGACAGAAUCCAUCAACACAGAGAAUGUGAAUGGAGAGGAUGAGAAGACCCCAUGCUGUGGCCCACUCUGUCAAAAAAUUUCAAAGUCAAAGUUCAGCCGGCGCUGGCGUCGCUGGAACAGGUUCUGUCGGAGGAAGUGCAGACUCGCUGUGAAAUCCGUCACUUUCUAUUGGCUGGUGAUCAUCCUGGUGUUCCUCAACACGCUCACCAUCUCCUCAGAGCAUUACAACCAGCCGAACUGGCUCACACAAGUGCAGGAUGUUGCUAACAAGGUCCUGCUGGCUCUUUUCACUUGUGAGAUGCUGGUGAAGAUGUACAGUUUGGGUCUGCAGGCAUACUUUGUAUCACUGUUCAACCGCUUCGACUGCUUCGUGGUGUGUGGGGGGAUCACGGAGACCAUCCUGGUGGAGCUGGAGAUCAUGUCUCCGCUGGGCAUCUCUGUGUUUCGCUGCGUGCGUCUGCUGAGAAUAUUCAAAGUCACACGACACUGGGCGUCUCUCAGCAACCUUGUCGCCUCGCUGCUGAACUCCAUGAAGUCUAUCGCCUCCCUGCUGCUGCUGCUCUUCCUCUUCAUCAUCAUCUUCUCGCUGCUGGGCAUGCAGGUGUUUGGUGGGAAGUUCAACUUCGAUGAGACACAGACUAAGAGAAGCACCUUUGACAACUUCCCCCAGGCACUGCUCACAGUGUUCCAGAUUCUGACAGGUGAGGACUGGAACGCGGUCAUGUAUGACGGUAUCAUGGCUUAUGGCGGCCCCUCCUCUUCAGGAAUGAUCGUCUGCAUCUACUUCAUCAUCCUCUUCAUCUGUGGAAACUAUAUCCUGCUGAAUGUGUUCUUGGCCAUCGCUGUGGAUAACCUGGCAGAUGCUGAGAGUCUGAACACAGCUCAGCAGGAAGAGGCGGAGGAGAAGGAGAAGAAAAAGAAUGCAAGAAGUGGAGGAGAUAAAAAGGACGAUGAGAAAAUAGACAGAGACACAAAGGUUCCUGUUGAUGAGGAAGACGAGAAGGACCCCUAUGCUGAUAUUCCAGGGGAGGAAGAUGAGGAUGAGCCAGAUGUUCCAUCUGGACCCCGGCCACAGAUAUCUGAGCUGGUGAAGAAGGAGAAGAUCAUACCUAUCCCAGAGGGCAGUGCCUUCUUCAUCUUCAGCAGCACCAACCCAAUUCGGGUGGGAUGUCACAAGCUCAUCAACCAUCACAUCUUCACAAACCUCAUCCUCGUCUUCAUCAUGCUGAGCAGUGUGUCCCUUGCUGCCGAAGACCCCAUUCGUAACUUCUCUGCCCGCAACAUCAUACUUGGUUACCUAGACUAUGCGUUCACGGCAAUCUUUACUGUUGAGAUCCUGUUAAAGAUGACCACAUACGGAGCUUUCCUCCACAAGGGUGCGUUCUGCAGAAACUACUUCAACCUUCUGGAUCUGCUGGUGGUGGGAGUGUCUCUGGUGUCUUUUGGAAUUCAGUCUUCUGCGAUCUCAGUGGUGAAGAUUCUGAGAGUGCUGCGAGUGCUCAGGCCUCUAAGAGCCAUCAACCGAGCCAAAGGCCUCAAGCACGUGGUCCAGUGUGUCUUUGUAGCUAUCAGAACCAUUGGGAACAUCAUGAUCGUGACCACACUGCUGCAGUUCAUGUUCGCCUGUAUCGGAGUGCAGCUGUUCAAGGGGAAGUUCUACCGCUGCACAGAUGAGGCCAAGUCCAGUCCCGAGGAAUGCAAGGGGACCUACAUUAUGUAUAAGGAAGGAGAUGUGAACCAGCCAGUGGUGCGGCAGCGAGUUUGGCACAACAGCGAGUUCAACUUCGACAAUGUGCUGAUGGCCAUGAUGGCCCUGUUCACGGUGUCCACUUUCGAGGGCUGGCCAGCGCUGCUGUAUAAGGCCAUUGACUCCAACCGUGAGAACAUGGGCCCCAUCUAUAACUACCGAGUAGAGAUCUCCAUCUUCUUCAUCAUCUAUAUUAUCAUCAUCGCCUUCUUCAUGAUGAACAUCUUCGUGGGUUUCGUUAUUGUUACCUUCCAGGAGCAGGGAGAGAAAGAGUACAAGAACUGUGAGCUGGACAAGAAUCAGCGCCAGUGUGUGGAGUAUGCACUGAAAGCGAGACCACUGCGGAGAUAUAUCCCUAAGAACCCCUAUCAGUACAAGUUCUGGUACGUGGUGAACUCCACAGGCUUCGAGUACAUCAUGUUCGUACUCAUCAUGCUGAACACCGUCUGUCUGGCUGUGCAGCAUUACGGCCAGUCCCCACUGUUUAACUAUGUAAUGGACAUUCUCAACAUGGUUUUCACCGCUGUUUUCACCGUGGAGAUGGUCCUCAAACUGAUAGCCUUCAAACCCAGGCACUACUUCACUGAUGCGUGGAACACUUUUGAUGCCCUGAUUGUUGUUGGUAGCGUCGUGGACAUUGCCAUCACUGAAGUCAAUAAACUUGUAGAGCCCACAGAGGCUCCCCAGGUGGAUGAGUCUGGGAACACAGAGGACAGCGCCAGGAUCUCUAUCACGUUCUUCCGCUUGUUCCGAGUCAUGAGAUUGGUCAAGCUCCUGAGCAGGGGCGAGGGCAUCCGGACUCUGCUGUGGACGUUCAUCAAGUCUUUCCAGGCUCUGCCAUACGUUGCACUUUUGAUAGCCAUGUUGUUCUUCAUCUACGCUGUUAUCGGGAUGCAGGUGUUCGGGAAGGUGGCCAUGGUGGAUGGCACACACAUCAACCGAAACAACAACUUCCAGACCUUUCCUCAGGCCGUGCUGCUGCUCUUCAGGUGUGCCACAGGUGAGGCGUGGCAGGAGAUCAUGUUGGCUUGUAUGCCGGGCAAGCUUUGUGACCCAGAGUCUGAAUACAACCCUGGUGAGGAGUACACCUGUGGGAGUAACUUUGCCAUCAUCUACUUCAUCACCUUCUACAUGCUGUGUGCCUUCCUGAUUAUAAAUUUGUUUGUUGCUGUCAUCAUGGACAACUUUGACUAUCUGACACGUGAUUGGUCGAUUCUUGGCCCACACCACUUGGAUGAGUUCAAGAGGAUUUGGUCUGAGUAUGAUCCAGAAGCCAAGGGCAGGAUUAAACACCUGGAUGUUGUCACAUUGCUGCGCCGCAUCCAGCCCCCACUGGGCUUCGGCAAGCUGUGCCCCCACAGAGUCGCCUGCAAGAGGUUGGUGGCCAUGAACAUGCCUCUGAACAGCGAUGGCACGGUAAUGUUCAACGCCACCCUAUUUGCUCUGGUCAGGACUGCCCUGAAAAUCAAAACUGAAGGGAAUCUGGAGCAGGCCAAUGAAGAGCUCCGAGCAGUCAUCAAGAAGAUCUGGAAACGAACCAGCAUGAAGCUGCUGGACCAAGUGGUGCCUCCUGCUGGUGAUGAUGAGGUCACCGUGGGGAAGUUCUAUGCCACCUUCCUGAUACAGGACUACUUUAGGAAAUUCAAGAAACGCAAAGAGGAAGGCCUGGUGGGCUUACACCCAGCCCAGAACAACACAGCCGUCGCUCUGCAGGCCGGUCUCCGCACGCUGCAUGACAUUGGUCCUGAGAUUCGACGGGCGAUAUCAUGUGACCUGCAGGAGGAGGAGCUUGUAGACUUUAUACCUGAGGAGGACGAGGAGAUUUAUAGGCGGAACGGUGGGCUUUUUGGCAAUCACGUCAAUCACAUGAACGGGACCCGGAGGAGCUCUGGGCAGCGGACCAAUGCCACACAGCGCCCUCUGCAGGUCCAUGCCCCUCCACACUAUGCCCGCAUGGAGCAACCUGUGGGCAGGUUCAGCAGGGUGGCCAACGCCCUCUCCUACAACCACCACAACAGCCACCACAACUCCUACUCCAAGUCACCAAAGUCCACCAAUGCCAAUCUCAACAACGCCAACGUGUCCGGCCUGCCCAAUGGGAGAAGCAAUCGCUACUACGAGCACAUCCCCGCCAAUGGUUACCCUGCCAAUGGUUACCCUGGCCACCAGGGCCCCUACUACCCGGGCGACUAUGACAGACCCAGCUCCACCCACAUUCAAAGGACUCGCUACUAUGAAACCUAUCUUAGGUCCCACCAAGGGGACGGCCGACAUCCCACCAUCCGCAGGGAGGAAGACUAUGUUGAGGAAGAUCGCUACUCAGGGGAGUACUACAGCGGAGAAGAAUUUUAUGAAGAUGACAGCAUGCUGUCAGGAGACAGGAGGUCAUAUAAGGAAUACCUGGACAGGUAUCCUAACAGUGACCUUGACUACGAAACACCCAGAGGAUACCAUCACCCUGACAGUUACUAUGACGAUGAUGAGCAGCCUCUCUACCAUGACUCGCGCAGGUCGCCAAAGAGGAGGCUGCUUCCCCCCACACCUCAAGCCUGUAGGAGGCCAUCGUUCAGUUUCGAGUGUCUGCGCAGACAGAGCAGUCAGGAUGACCUGCCCAUUUCUCCAGGGCUGCACCAGCGCACUGCACUCCCUCUGCAUCUGAUGCAGCACCAGGUGAUGGCUGUCGCCGGUCUGGACUCCAGCCGAGCUCAGAGACUGUCACCAACCCGGUCCACACGCUCCUGGGCCACGCCUCCUGCCACGCCCAUCAGUAAAGACCGCUCCCCGUACUACACCCCUAUGAUCCGAGUGGACCGACCCAGCCGUGACAGCGUCAGCAGCAGCCAGUCGUCAGUGCGCAAGAGCUCCUGGUACACAGAGGAGUCCGACUACCCCCACAGGACCUACGCACCAGCACACCUGCAGAUCCCCACCGAGUUCACACACCAGUACCAUCAGAAGAGAGGCAGCGCCACCAGCUUGGUGGAGGCGGUGUUGAUAUCUGAAGGCCUGGGGAGGUACGCAAAGGACCCGAAGUUUGUGGCAGCCACAAAACGUGAGAUUGCUGACGCAUGCGAGAUGACAAUAGACGAGAUGGAGAGCGCAGCCAGUCACCUCCUGAACGGCGGGGUGACCCCUGGCAUAAACGGGGAUAUGAUCCCCAUCCUGACCCGGCGGGACAUGGAGCUACAGGACUUCAACGCUGGCUACAGCGACGAGGAGCCUGAGCCAGAGCCCAGCGCCAAGUACGAGGAGGACCUCGCCGAUGAAAUGAUAUGCAUUACGACUUUAUAGCAAACCAAUUUAGAACAGAGAACAAUAAGAGGAAUAAAAACGCAUCUGUUGGCUUAUUCACUUAAGAAGUGCCUUUCUGCUGUGGAAUAUGAGAGGCACUGGCAGGUGGACCCUUCUCACCAAGGCAACACAGGAACCACAUUCUCCAAGAACCAUGUCUGUCCCUCACACAGCAAGGGCACAGCUGUGAGCUGUGAAACCAACAUGGACAGAACAGGCAGCGUAGUGUUGCGUGGUGUUUGCAGGGUGUUUUUGGAUGGUGUUCACAGGGUGUUUUUGGAUGGUGCUGGCAGGGUGUUUUUGGAUGGUGUUAGCAAGGUGUUGUUCAGUCCUCGGCAGGGUAUUUCAGGUGAUGACAAUCAUACUGAAGAUGUCAUUUCCCUGAGUCACUUUAUGUUGCAUCAGCAUAUCAAGCAAAUAAGAGACAUAUCCCUCUUUUAAACUGGAUUUGGAAAAUGAGACAAAGUAACAAAAAAAAACAAUUUUUACACAAAUAUAUCAUGUCUUUUUGGUUGCAUUAUCAGACUAGAGAUGAUCCAUUUCUAUGGCUGUCAUUAAAUGGAGGCUCCUACUAGAUGAAAAGGAAGUGCUCGUGAGCCAUGUAGUGACAGCGAGGUUUUUUGCAAUUAUAGAACAGCCUAUUUAAUAUUGCAUAUUACAUCUACUGUAAAUGGCCUGUAAGAUAUUACAAAAGUAAACUUUGUAAAGAGAUGUUAUAUAUUUUGUAAUUAUGUACCGUAUAUAAA